AUGAAUAACGUCGAGAGCAGAGGAGACUCUAAGAAUAUUAAGAAGCAAAAUGAAGACGAUAAUUGUAUAAUAAGACUAGUAAUGAGAAUACAGAACGAAGGCGAAUUCACUGCGCCGGUGCAAGAAAAGAUGGAAUCUGGCCAAGCAAGAGUAUUAGAUAUUGGUUGCGUAAGAGGUGACUGGGUUUUAUCGAACGCAGCCAAAUACAGAUGGUCUCAUUUUUGCGGAAUAGACUCACUUUCGUUGUCUCACUGUUACUCGUUUCCCUACCUUUCAAACGAAUCAACACUCCCUCCUCUCCCAUCAUCACCCCCAACUACACCCUCUUUGCCAUUAUACCGCACUUCGCUUACGACGUCUCUUCCAUCGCCUUCCAUUCUCACGUCUCCACCAAACACAUCCUUUAUCCCAUGUCACACUCUUUUCCCUCUACCUCUUCAAAACGACUAUUUCGAUUUUGUUCACAUGAGUGGUAUGGGACUGAGUAUUCCUACAAAUAAAUUGGAUUAUGUUGUGACGGAAUUGAUCAGAGUUACAAAGCCUGGAGGAUGGAUAGAAAUCGCUGAAAACGAUCUAGAGUUGGCAAAUUUGGGAACGUAUGGCGAAAGGAUGCUUGAAGAAGCCUUGAACCAUUUAACACUAUCCUUGGGCCUAUCAACAUCUCCACGCAACCACCUUGUUCCCACACUCUUAUCAUAUCCGCAAUUAGAAUGCGUUCAACUAAGCACACAGAAAAUAAAACUGGGAUCUGUAAGUGACGUUGAGGGUAUCCGAUGGUUGGAUGACUUGUGCGGAAUUUUGAUGAGAUUUUCAGAUGAGAUUGGAGAGCGGUUGGGAAUCGGAGGAACUGGAGAAGAAGGAAUGAGAAAACUAAUUGAAAAGUUUAGAAAGGAAGUUGUACAAUCCAAGACCGUGGGUCAGAGGGUUGUAUUGAUUGCAAGAAAGAAGAAUCCUGUUAAAGAAGUAGCUGAAUAA